AUGGUCCGCAAUACGCUGCACACUCGUCUAACCAAGACUAAAUAUCUGCAAGCAAGAAACAGCUUUAUGCGAUUGAAUCAUCAUUCGAGAGAAGAAGAAGAAGGAAUUGCCCCUCGAGAAUGGUACGAAGCCGCUUUCUCCAAGAUGAAGAAAUGGAGCCAAUCAUUGAAAGAUCUCGACCUGAUCGGCGGGAGGCUCGUGAACAUCAACGAUCAUUCAAGAAUCUUCGAUGAGAAGCUUGAGAAGAAAAUGCACACUUUCAAGUCCAUCGGUAGGGAGCUCAUUUUGCUGCCAUCUAUGCAGGAGACUUUGAAGAACAACUUGAUGGAUUCAUUGGCUGAUCAACGUUACAAAGAGUUGGAGUACUUCUGCAGACCCCACGAAAGGGAUGUACUCACAGUGAGCUCGUUGACAAAGGUCGCGGACAUGUUGAGCAUCUCAGCUCAGCAGAGGAAGGUAGUGAGGAAGAACAUCGGCCCACAGGUGACACAGCACAAGAUAUGGACGGGUGCACUCUUUCAGAUACUCAACGGAUUGAAAUCCGAGGUUGAGCUUCUCAAUCAACGAGGAUCGAGCAAGGAGAUAAGGCUGUCUCAGCAGAUUCUUGCUGGCUGUCUCAAGAUUCUUGAAUCAGCAAUGUCUUAUGAUGUUGAAUCAAGCUCCUGGAUGCGCCUCCCACCCACAAAAGGGGUGGAUGCAACGCAUUCCCCCAAAUGGGGAGAUGCUCUCGAGAUGUGCAUUGAUCUUGUCAGCUGCUUGAGUGAUGAAAGUGAGCUAACUUUCCAUGUCUCAAAGCUUGAACUGAUGAAAGAAGGGCUUUUUCAGAUACGGGACAUCUUGAUUGACAAGAGCAUCGGGUACAAGGAGAAUCGUUACCAAGAGCACUUGGUGCAGAAGAGGUUGACAAAGACAUUAGGCCACUCUUCCAAAUGCCUGUUCACACUCUUGAUGUACUAUCUGUAUGGCACCAUUGUGGAUGUGGAGCUGGAGGUUCGUGGAGGGGUUCAUGUCGUUGGGAUUGGGCAGAAGGUGUGCUUGUAUGCGGGGAAGAUCUUGACAGCGGACGAGGAGGAGGUGGUGAGGAGUGGGGUGAAGCAGCUGGACACGGCCAUGGGGUUGUUCAAGUUCGUGUGGGAGAGUGCAGGGGUGAAGGGGGAUUUGGAGGUGCAGGGCCAUUUGUGGUGUGUUGGAGCUCAGAAUAGGUCAUUUACGUAUAGAGGAAAUGUCUAUAUGGUGCAUGCUAUGAAUCUUUGA